UGCUGGAUCACGAACCGAUACUCGCCAGUUUCCAAGGACUCGUGCAUCACCGUCAUUCGCGAACGUCCAACGAGCUCAGUUAUCCUCGAGAUGAAGAGAUGCCCGAUGUUUCUCGUACCCGUUCUUGUCGUCGUUCUUGCGACAUUUCAUUAUCGCACGAUGGCGGAAAAAAUUGAUCCACCUAUCCCUUGUAAAAUUGAUCAGAAUUGCCCGGUCUUUUCGAAUACGUUCAAGGAUGUAUUCUGCAAGGAUGGAUUCUGCGUGUGCAAGAACGGGACGGAAAAUAGAAACUGUUCCGGUACGGACAUUAUACGGCAGGGUAACAGGAACGCAGAGAAAGGGUCGCUCGUUUCCCAUAGUUGCAAGAUCAAUCAGGAUUGCACGAUCAGUAAUUCUUUCUGCAACACGACGGUGUUACAGUGCGAGUGUUUAAAGAAUUAUGUAUUUUCGAGCAACAGGAAAUCCUGCCUCGAAAAGGCCGAAGGAAUCGACUUUCCAUGCAUCGAGGAUAGGCAAUGCAUCGAAUAUCUGGCGAACACCACGUGUCAGAACGGGCAUUGCAAUUGCGUAACUGACUAUCAUCUCGUGCAAGACGUCUGCUACAAAACGAUCGAUUUUAAAAAGCCGUGCACACGAUUCGAGGAGUGCUCCCUCGUCGAGGGUGCAACGUGUACCGAUAAAAAGAUCUGCGAUUGUCCCGCGGAAACCGUGAUCGAUGCGGCCAAGAACAGAUGUUUACCAGUCGUUCGGGAAAUAUCAGACAAAUGCACGGAGGACGUGCAAUGUUCCACGACCUUUCGGAACUCCGUCUGCGUCGAGCAACAAUGUUCUUGUCAAGACGGAUAUCACUUCGAGCCCGAGAUGCUUCGGUGUUUCGUCGACGUGGGUUUGGACAAAAACUGCGCCAACAAGUACGAAUGUUAUCAAACCGAAGAGAAAAACGUGACAACGAAAGCGGUCGAGUGCGUGGAAAACGUGUGCGAAUGCGCUGAAAAUUUUUACAGAGAGGGCAAUAGGUGCGUCGAUAACGGAGGUACGCGUUUCUUCGGAUCGUCGAUAGCGCUUUUCCUCGCAAUCUUUCUCCACAUCGUGUUCUGCAGGCAGAAUUAGGUCUUGGAAUGUUCCAUUUUCUUUAUGUUUUUAUUCGUCGAUACUAGCCGCGAGAACUCCAUUUUCUCGUCGAGUAUUUUCAUUUUCAGCUACCUCCAAUUUACGCGUCCUUCCAUAGCCUUACUUGUUUCGAACAGUAUCGGAUUACAUCCACUAAUUAGGCUAUGAUAAAUGUAAGCGAUAGUCGAAUCGUUUGGUCUCGUCCUUACCGUUCGCUUCUUCGUGCUCCAGUCAAUACUUGUGGGAUCUUAUUAAACUUGUCGAGCUAUACGAAAUUACGCGUCGAGCGCGACGAGAGAAUGCGUCGGGUGCAUCGAAGCGUGCCAAGACUUCCUUUGGCGUACACGCAAUUAACACGCUACAAGUACAUAUUGUAUACGUUUGCUGCGGUGGUUGCGGUGACUCUUUUAAAAUCGGAGCAAACUUAAAAUUUCUAUAAUUAUUUUAUCUCUCGCGAGCACGGAAAGCGAACGUUUAUCGAAAGAGGACGAGAAACGCAGCUAUUUGCGAAAAGUGCCAAUAAUAUAGAUAUCGAGACCUAUUGAAAUCUCAUUUUUUAUUUUUGCGAAUGAUAGUAGUAUUUUAUUUUUUAUUUUUUUUACUAUGUUACUAUUGUCAAGAAAUGCGCGAGCGCGCGCGAAUCGUACACAUAUGAAACGUUUCGCUCUAGUCGAACGAAUAUUACCUUUUUUUACAAACUUGUAGUCUUUCUUUUUAAGAGAACAGUAUUAUGUAGUAUAUGUGUAGUUUGAAAACGUUUGUACGAGAGUGUCUCGGAGAAAAGUUUACAUAAAUUAUCAUCACUCUAUUUUUGGUUAUCUUUUUUCAAUAAACAACCUCGUAUCCUAGCAAAUUAGAUCGUUAGACUUCACGAAACCACGAUGCAGCAGAUAUUCGUUGUUAAUUGUAAAUCAAUUAACGUUUAUCUACGCUUAAAAA